AUGAGCUCGCUUCGUCAAUUGACCCGUCAUCGGACGUUGCAUAGCUUUGCUUCCACGCGUGUUCGAGUUCAGAAUCCGGAGACAAGACAGUCAUGGCAGCGAUAUUUCAGCGCAACGUCAGCUUUUGCAUCUCAACAGGCUGGUCUUGACCCUUCGAAGCUCACAGUCACGAAGACCACUACACCUAAGGAGCUGGUGGCACCAAAAGAUCUUGUGUUCGGAAAGACCUUCACUGAUCAUAUGCUUUCCAUUGAAUGGUCAGCGGCCAAUGGUUGGAACGCUCCUCGCAUCGUUCCGUACCAAAACCUUAGCCUCGACCCUUCGGCUUGCGUGUUCCAUUAUGCUUUCGAGUGUUUCGAGGGUAUGAAGGCUUACAAGGAUAAGAAGGGUCAGAUCCGUUUGUUCCGCCCAGACAAGAACAUGGCGCGCCUUAACAAGUCUUCCGAGCGGAUUGCUCUGCCUACUUUCGACGGCGACGCUCUCAUCAAGCUCAUUGGGGAAUUCGUGAGACUGGACAGCAGAUUCAUUCCUGAUGCCCGUGGCUACUCCCUCUAUCUGCGACCCACAAUGAUCGGCACCCAAAAUACCCUUGGUGUUGGACCACCAGGCUCUGCCCUCCUCUUCGUCAUUGCCAGCCCUGUUGGCCCUUACUACCCUACUGGCUUCAAGGCCAUUUCGCUAGAGGCUACUGACUAUGCCGUCCGUGCCUGGCCUGGCGGAGUUGGAGAUAAGAAACUUGGAGCAAACUAUGCUCCAUGUAUUGUACCUCAGCUGAAGGCCGCUUCCCGCGGCUUCCAGCAGAAUCUGUGGCUAUUUGGUGAUGAGGAGUAUGUGACAGAAGUUGGCACUAUGAACCUUUUCAUCGCCUUGAAGAACAAGGAGACCGGACAGAAGGAGCUAGUGACCGCUCCUUUAGAUGGAACCAUCCUCGAGGGCGUCACCAGAGACUCUGUCUUGGCACUGGCACGCGAGAGACUCGUCCCCAAGGGCUGGACCGUGUCUGAGCGCAAAAUUAGGAUGUCUGAGGUCGCCGAAGCUUCUGAAGAAGGAAGACUGAUUGAGGUCUUCGGAGCCGGUACCGCAGCCAUUGUCAGCCCUGUGCGAACCAUUAGCUACAGAGGGAAGAUGGUUGAUUGCGGUUUAAAGAAAAACGAGGAGGCCGGCGAGGUUGCUCUACAGAUGAAGAACUGGAUUGAAGGCAUUCAGUACGGUGAUGAGGAACACCCAUGGAGGUAA